CCACUCUCUUUUCUUUCUUAUAGUGCUGUUCAUUGCAAGAAACUUGAAAAACCCAUUUACAACCUCUACAUUUACUAUCUGCUAGAAAACUCAAGUAAGUAACAGCUACAUUUACCAACUAUGCUCUUUUAAUCUUCAAAACCACAAAUAAUGAUGGCAGCAGUGCCAAAAACCAACAAUACCUCCGGAGGACAGAAGCCAUCACUGAAAUUUUUGAUUUACGGAAGAACAGGUUGGAUAGGGGGAAUGCUUGGAAAGCUGUGCGAGAAGCAGGGAAUACCUUACAGUUAUGGAAAAGGUCGAUUGGAGAACAGAUCAGAGAUCUUGGAAGAUAUUCAAGCUGUUAGGCCUACUCAUGUUUUCAAUGCUGCUGGAGUCACUGGUAGACCCAAUGUGGAUUGGUGUGAAUUUCACAAGUUAGAGACAAUUCGCAGCAAUGUUGUUGGUGCUCUAACACUGGCUGACGUUUGCAAACAGCAUAAUCUUCUAAUGGUGAACUAUACUAGUGGUUGUAUUUUCGAUUAUGAUGAUUCUCAUCCUUUAGGAUCAGGUAUGGGAUUCACUGAGGAAGACGUAUCCAAUUACUCUGGUUCUUUCUUUUCUUUAACCAAAGCCAUGGUUGAUGUGCUUGUGAGACAAUAUGACAAUGUUUGCAACCUUAGACUCAGAAUGCCAAUAUCAUCAGAUCUGGACAAUCCUCGCAACUUCAUCUUUAAGAUUAGAACAUACAAAAGAGUUGUUAACAUUCCAAACAGCAUGAGUGUCUUGGACGAACUCAUUCCAAUUUCAAUUGAGAUGGCGAAGAGGAACCUGACAGGAAUAUGGAACUUCACAAACCCAGGCGUGGUGAGUCACAAUGAGAUUUUGGAGAUGUAUAAGACUUAUGUGGAUCCCAAUUUCAAGUGGGUUAAUUUCACAGUGGAAGAACAAGCCAAAGUUAUUGUUGCCUCCCGCUGCAACAAUCAAUUGGAUGCAUCUAAGUUGAAGAAAGAGUUUCCUGAGUUAUUGUCCAUUAAAGACUCACUCAUUCAGUAUGUCUUUAAACCCAACAAGAAAAAUUAAUCAGUUGGUGGAGUUUCCUCAUGUUGGCAAAAUAUUAAGGUUGUCAUGUUGCUGCUACUAUUUCAGAAUAAUAAAAUAUAAAUAUUUAAUUAGG